AAAUAAAACCACCCAUUAGUUGCUAUUUGAACUGUAGUUUGUUAUUAUACGUCUGUCCUUCUAUGUAUUUAAUUAUUCCUAAGGGUUUUUAAUUGGUUUAUAGGUUAUUAGGGUAAUUAUAUCAUUUCAUUAGGCGCUAUAUAUUAAUAAUAAUAAUUAUGCAUUUUAAUUCUGACACUAUGAAUAUUUUAUUCACAUGUAUGUGCACAUCUAUUUUAUAUUAUCUUUUCUUUCACAUUUGUAAAGCGCUUUUGAGAACUAAUGUUGAUAGGGCGCUAUAUAAAUCUUUUAAUUACAAAUUACUGUACAAAUUUUAACGUUUACAACAUUUUAUUGUUAAUUUCAAUAAUGCACGAAGAAUGAAGAUGUGAGCUCGACAUUGAACAGCGGAUUUGAUAUACAAAACACAUUUUAGUAAACUUAAACUUAAAAAGACGUCGUACGUGCAAUAUAAUUAUGAUUGACCGGCGAAAGGGAGAAGUAGUGGAUUUAGAGUUGAAUUGUGAUAUCAGACAAGUAGAAUCGUAGGCUUACUACGGAUCACGUGUGUUCCUUCUUCGUUAUUUUUACAUGCGAAGUUAGAUAUUUUUAUGUUCAAAUUAAGAAACCCACACAUUGUUUUCUUUGUAGUAGUACUGAAUGGUAAGAAUGUACGGCUGAAUUAAAGAAUUGAACCUUUGUAGUGAAAGAUGACCCCCUCCCCUCGAUUUAAAAAGUUCGGGGGAAUAUUUGAAGAUAAACAUCAUGUCCGUCCCCAGUCUGCCACCUUCCGCGAUUUAGGGUUUUGAAGAUUGGCCAAAACAUAGCCUUAUGCAUCUUUAAAAAGAAUUAUCAUUAUUUUUAUCGUUAUUUGCUUGUCAAUGGUACAAUUCUUGAAACUAUCUACCCCCAUCACCAUCACCACCACUUUGAAAAACGUUACUACAAGCCUGAACAUUAUCUUCUAUCCAGUGAAUUUCUUAAGUUCCUUCAAUCAGAUAUUUGACUAAAAUGGAAAACUUUUACAUGAUGUCCACUGUUUUAUGGAAACCAUGUUUAUCAGCUUUUGAAAUUGUUAAAUUUACAUGGAAAUAAUAACGCAAAACAAAAUGCUGAAAAUAAAAUUAGAUAAGAACAUGAUAGUUCCUCAUGUCGGAUUGUGCACUUUUAUUUUGGGAUUUGCAUGCUAGGUACUUGUGAUUGAAAUAAGGAAGGAAGUGAUCUGACAUUGCGAAAAGUAUCAUUGCUAUUUUGGUGAGGAACACUCUGGAGGGCUGUUAUGUGCUCGCCCAGAUACAUCAUACUUCCUUAUGUACUCGUGGAAGUACAAUCCAGAACGAAAUGCACAAUUUAUACAAUCUUUCAUUGUAUCGGUAGAUAAAACAUGAAAUCAUAUCUUACCAAAACGAUGGGGCCUCGACAAUUCACAAAAAAUGAAUUUUAUAUGAUGCCAUAGUAAUCAGCUGUAUCUCUUCUUUACUUUCAAUUUACAAUCAAAGUACUGAAAGUGCAAAAAUGCAGCGACGAAUACAUACCAGUGACUACUCAAUUAAUUUAAUAAUAAUGUGCAACACCGAGAUUUGCAAUUGAAAUAUAAUUCAACAAUAAUGAAGUGACGCAAUUUUGCAUGAUAUUGCAUACAUCAUUUCAAAUAUGAUAUACAUGUACCAUCAUCAAUAUGUUACAUUACUACGUACAUGUAUAUAGAUAUACACCAAGUCAUGUGACUUUAAAAUGACCUCGUAGAAAACUAUAACUCUCCUUCAAUACCAAUAGGAGUCUACAUAGAUCAAUAUAUCCAAUGGCUUGAAACAUUCAUUUAAAAGAUGCUUAUAUACUGAGGCAGUCCCGUGGGGAUUCGGGUUAGAAUAAAUCCUCAGUACCCCCUUGCUUGUCGUAAAAGGCGAUUAAAUGGGGCAAUCCUUCGGAUGAGACCGCAAAAGCCGAGGCCCCGUGUCACAGCAGGUGUGGCACGAUAAAGAUCCCUCCAUGCUCAAAGACCAUAAGCGCCGAGCACAGGCCUAAAUUUUGCAGCCCUUCACCGGCAAUGGUGACGUCUCCAUAUCAGUGAAAUAUUCUCAAGAGGGACGUUAAACAAUAUUCAAUCAAUCAUAUACUGAGGUAAAUCUAAAUGUACAGUUUAGUAUAAUUCACACAUAUGACGUUGAUAUAGUCUUGGAAUUACUAUCAUCGGUGUUUACCCAGCAGUCUAUAUUGUAUUGUUUAUAGGAGUUGAUCAUUGUUCAUUAUCUUCGUUAGUCUUUUGAUUUUACACACCAUAUACAUUGUAUCUUAUACGUAUGCUGUAAUUGCAGGCAGGGGAGUGAAACAGUACGAAAAUUUGCCCCUUUUCAGGAGAUCCAUAAGGAAGUUUGCUGCAGAUAACAAUUUUGAAGUAAAAGACGUCAUUGCCGACGGAAAUUGCUUGUUUCGAUCCGUAGCGGAUCAACUGAUGAUCAAUGGUUGUAGUGGAUACACUGAGAAAGGUUUACGACAGACGGCGAUAAAAAUAUUUUGUGAUAGGUAUCUAAGAAGUAAUCCCACAUUUAAAGAUGGCGUCCAUGCAUCGUCCUUUUUAUCCGAGGAAACAUUGGAAGGAUACCUUACCAGAAUGGAAAAGCCAGGAGAAUGGGGCGAUCACAUUAUUCUCCAGGCACUGGCUGACGUCCUAAUGUUAGAUAUCGUCGUUUUCAAUGUUUUCCUGGAUGACAUCAGAACUACGGAAGUUAAUGCUGAAUUAGACACAGAUGACAUGAAGACACUCCGCAUUUACCUAGGACAUUUAGGAGAAUUUCACUAUGUGAGCCUGAGGCCAAAACAAUGGAUGGAAGACUGGCCAUAUAAAGCCCUGAUCUUAAGAUUGCAGACAGUAUCAGAAGAUAUGGACGUAGAAAUGAGAAAAACUUUGAUAGAAGAAAAGGUCUUAUCAAUGUCCCGGAGAACACGCAUUUCUGACGCUACUUUGAACGAUAUAGCUCAAUUUGCAAUACAGACAUGUCGAAAAGAGGGGAGAAAGACGGGAAAAUCAUUCACGGUCAAGGAUAUUGCGGUGGAUUUCAACCCACAAAUUACUGAAGAAACAGAAGUUUCUCAAAGAAGUUUAAUUGAAAAUCCUUUUCAUACCGACCACCUUUCCGGAAUUCCUUUACAUCAUCUGACAUUUAUCAUAAAACAUUUAAUACCUCACUGUAUGUCAUGGUCACAUUUCUUUGGUGACGGGCGUCUUUUCCGCAGUGGAGAGCACCUUUACCAUUAUAUCGGAAGCGCUGCGGAUGGAAACUCUUUCAUGUUGCAGGACAUCACACAUACACAAAAAAUACAUAGGCUGUUAUUAGACAGGAAAAAACGGAAAAUUGUAGUCCUGCAGGCAGAUAAGACGGCUUUUUGUUUCAAGCCAAAAAAUGAUAGCCUAUUCCCUACACCAGUAUUUGCGGAUUCUACGGAUACACAUCCUGGAUAUUGUAGAAUAAGACUUUCUCCGACACAGUCGAACAAUUGUAGAAACGAUAAUAUUUUGCGGUCGGAAUCUAAUAUUUAUCUAAAAGCAAAAAACAUACCUGCAGACAUACUUUCACAAAUAGGUAUGACAAAAUGUCACACAGAAUACUUCGGACUUUUCUGUCCAGUAUUCCCUAGAUUUACUCGAUGUUGGUGUGACAGAACGAGAAAGUUUGACUUUCCGUCUAAGAAGCUCGUUGACUCCAUUAUAACUAGCGGAUGUACAAUAAUCCCCAAACCACACCCAAAGAGUUCAAAACCAGAUGUGGAAUGGAAAUUCAAUUUUUCUUUGGCUGAAUGUUUGUUGUUUUCAAGUCUAACAGAAUCUCAACAAAACGGAUUUUUCGUUUUCAAAGUUUUGAUUGACAACAUGCUAUUUCACCUCCACAAGCCUUUGAAGACAAAACAUUUGAAGGCAAUUUUCCUGAAUUCUUGUGAAGAAAUGCCGAUGGAUGCUUGGGAAACUAAUUUCAGUGGGUGUGUCCUUUACACAUUAGGAUCACUAUUGUUUUGUUUAAGGGCAAGAUUCUUGCCUCAUUACUUUAAUCCAGAUAACAACCUCAUCGACACUUUCACAGAAAAGGAUAUUGACGCAAUCUAUGUUCAUAUUGAGUCUAUUCGUUUAUUUCCAACUACUUGUGCUAUGUUUGUCGCCGAAAAACAUGGCUAUGGAUACGGAGAAAAUUUGGUGAGACAUGUCCUGUCUGAUCUAGCAUAUUUCACUCAAGCAAGAGACUUGUAUAUGGUUUACAAUAACACUUUUGUCCCAUUAUCACUUGCUACAACAAAGUUUUUAUCUAGAAAAGGUCACUACGAUGCUGCUUUUAAACUGAUAAAGGAUAUCUUUGAGCAAGGGAUUUUGACACCACAGACAGAAAUGAGGCAAACAUCAAUUAGCUACCAAGAGUUUUUCGUUUGUGCAUUAUUAAAAUUGCGUCAAAAAUCUUCCCGCACAAUUCUUGCAAACAUGUACGAGAAAACAUUUGGAACAGAACCUUUGAACAUGUUCUGCAAAGAAACUGAUUUUUCGUUACAAAACUUUCUACCUUGGAAAAUAGACCAUCAACUUACCUGGAUUGAAAUUCCUAGCGAAAAGGUAACAGAUCUCACAACAAUUGCAAAUGUUCUAUAUGAACACAGUCUGAAAGAGUAUAAUAAAGGAAAUAAAAUACUAGCAGAGCUUACAGUUACUGCCGCAAUACGAUGUAUUCGGGAAACUCUGCGUAAAGAUUCUAUUGACAUCAGUCACAUUGAAGACCCGGAAUUAAAAGAGGAAGUUGUUGCACAAAAACGUAGCCUUAAAGCCAGACUGAAACCAUAUUACACACUUGUAUUUGAUAUAUCAAAAAUAGAUUUCGUAGUUUAUCCUUUGAGUGAUCAUAUAUCGGACAUAGAAGAGCUUUAUGAAGAAUUUCCAGAAAUGUCGGGAACUUUAAGUGCAAUGUUCACAUACUUGGGACAGAAGCAAAAAAGUAGAAUAUAUGCUUCAAAGUGCACCUCGUAUCUUUAUGGGAAGUUUUAAUACUUUUAUCAGAUCAAAGAAUACACAAAAGUUCUUACUUGAUUUAUACCAUGUUUCAAUGUUUUAACUGCCUUGGUGAUACAAAAAGGGAAUUAUGCCGUGUAGAUGAUGACAGACCAUAACGGAAAAAGGCUAACUGCUGGCAAGAACUCUAAGGGGAAAAAUACCCGGCUACUACCCAGACGAAAGGCUUUAAUUCUCAAUAAAUUCGGUUCCUGGCAAUACCAAAACAUAAAGUAUUAUGAAUAUAAUAACGACGUGAUCAAAAUGAAGGCAUUUACGAAGACUGAGGCAUAAAAAAAACUUUCACAAGGAUUAACUGAUACGAAUCUGAGAAGGGUUCCAGUGCCAAUUGAUACACAACUUUUUAGAUAUAUCACACUGUAUAUGUGACUGUACAGACCACUUAUCAUGUUAUUAUAUUCAUGGCUCAUUCAUGUAUUGUAAAGGCAGUAAUGUAAUGUAAUGCUCAGUGCUAAUAAAAGUAUCUUUAUACAA